UUUUGGAAGCCGGAAGCGCGCUUCGCCGCGCUUCCGGGGGUGCUCGCGACCAGAGUAGGGUACACCGGCGGCCCGAGGACGUCCCGCUCGGUGACGUACGACAGCGUGUGCGACGACGACGGGCACACGGAGGCGGUCAGGGUGACGUUCGACCCCUCCGUGUUGAGCUACGACGCGCUGUUGCGCGAGUUUUGGGACAUCAGCGCGAGCCGAGCGACGACGACGCGACGAAAGGCGCAGUAUAAGAGCGCGAUAUGGACGACGAACGACGCGCAGGCCGCGCACGUCGCGAUCGCGAUGCGCGAGAAGGCGGAAGAGCUCGGGAUGGAGAUCGUCACCGAGGUGCGCGCGCUCGACGCGUGGCACGACGCGGAGGAGCGGCACCAAAAGUACGUCGAGAAGAACCGAGCGAAUAAGGCGCGUUCUAUACACUGGUUCCCAUACGACCGCGUCGGCGUGGUGAACGCCGAUCCUUAA